CGGCCGGCGCGAGUCAGCGACCGCAAUAUACACCGACCCAGAAAAAAAAAUAACAAUCAUUACUCUGUAUUUGCGGCGUCUAGUUCUUCUGUGAUACCAUUUCGCCCAUUUUAAACGGGAUGCUGCGAGUCUGACUGAAUCAGCGGCGGCAGCUUGGAAGAAUAAGGGAAUCCUUAUACCCAGGAGGCUUUGCACCCCGCCAGAGCAGGAAGCUGGAGUGGGAAAAGGAAAUGGAACAGGAAGUUGCCCACUUAGCCAGCAGGUUUGACAGUAGGCAGUAGAAAGGCCAACAAGUACCAUCUGUAACGUAAAGCACUUCAAGAACGCGGAGGAACUCAGUAAGACCUUCAGAAGAAGAGGAAUACUAUCGCAUACUUGGAGGAAAGUAAAGAAGAACACAAAGAUGAAGUUGAAGGAGGACAUGUCUCCUCUCCUGCUGCAGGUCUUUCGGUCGGUCGUCUGGGUUUAUUCAGUCAUCACGUUCCUGCCCUGGUACCUGCUCUCCGGAGCCAGCGGGAGCCAGGCCCGUGCUAAACGAAUCAAAGCGCUCAGUGAGUACAAUGGGAUUCAUUGAACAGUAAGCGGGACUCCAGCAGGGCCGUACCGGGCCAUUAGCAACCAGCAGAAGCUGGUGUCCCUGCUGCAUGAGGGUGUGGAUACUUUAGAUAAAGUGUUUGAAUACGCUGUAGUACACUUCCCUCAAAGAGACUGCCUCGGCACAAGAGAGGUGCUGAGCGAGGAGGAUGAGAUACAGCCAAACGGCAAGGUCUUCAAGAAGGUGAUUUUGGGCGAUUAUAACUGGCUUUCGUGUGAAGACACUUUCCAUCUGUCUCAGAGGUUUGGUAGCGGACUGGCUGCGCUGGGUCAGAAGCCUCUUUGUAACAUUGCCGUUUUCUAGACUCGUGCAGAAUGGAUCAUAGCGGCUCAGGCUUGCUUCAUGUACAACUUCCCCUUGGUGACUCUAUACUCUACACUGGGAGGAGCAGCUAUAGCUCAUGGUCUAAAUGAGACUGAGGUCACACACAUCAUCACCAGCAAAGACCUGCUGCAGAGCCGCCUCAAGGCCAUUCUGAUGGAUGUCCCCAGACUCAAGCACAUUAUAGUUGUUGAUAAGAAGCCCACCAGCUGGCCCGAUCUCCCCAGAGGUAUCAUGGUCCACAACAUGGGUGCUGUGCAGGAACUAGGAUCCAAACCUGAAAAUAGUAAGUCUCAACCUCUCCCGUCUGAUAUCGCAGUGAUCAUGUACACCAGCGGCUCCACAGGCAUUCCUAAAGGAGUCAUGAUCUCCCAUAGCAACAUCAUCGCUGGCAUCACCGGCAUGGCUGAACGCAUUCCUAACCUGAAUGAGAAUGACACCUACAUUGGCUACCUGCCACUUGCUCACGUCCUGGAGCUCAGCGCUGAGCUGGUGUGUGUGUCACAUGGCUGCCGGAUUGGAUAUUCGUCACCUCAGACUCUUGCUGACCAGUCAUCUAAAAUCAAAAAGGGAAGUAAAGGAGACACCAGCGUGCUCAGACCAACAUUGAUGGCAGCCGUACCCGAGAUUAUGGACCGUAUCUAUAAAAAUGUGAUGACUAAAGUUGAAGAGAUGAGCAGUGUGCAGAAGACUCUCUUUGUUCUGGCAUACAACUACAAGAUGGAGCAGAUCUCUAAAGGAUACAGCACGCCGCUGUGUGACAGGCUUGUGUUCAGGAAGGUCCGCUCGUUGCUGGGAGGUAACACGCGUGUGCUGUUGUCUGGCGGAGCUCCUUUAUCUGCAGCUACUCAGCGUUUUAUGAACAUCUGCUUCUGUUGUCCUGUGGGACAGGGCUAUGGCCUCACUGAGACCUGUGGAGCCGGGACCAUCAGCGAGUUUUCUGAUUACAGCACUGGACGUGUUGGAGCUCCUCUGGUGUGUUCAGAGAUCAUGCUGAAGGACUGGGAGGAAGGUGGUUAUUUCAGCACAGAUAAACCAAACCCACGAGGGGAGAUUCUGAUUGGUGGUCCUAACGUCACAAUGGGUUACUAUAAAAACGAGCAGAAGAACCGAGAGGACUUCUUUGUGGAUUCAAAUGGCCAGCGCUGGUUCUGCACCGGAGACAUCGGCGAAUUUCACCAUGAUGGCUGCCUCAAGAUUAUCGAUCGUAAGAAGGACCUGGUGAAGUUGCAAGCUGGUGAAUAUGUGUCUUUGGGCAAAGUAGAGGCUGUGCUCAAAAACUGCCCGCUCAUUGACAACAUCUGCGCUUAUGCCAACAGUGACGAGUCUUACGUGAUUGGGUUUGUGGUGCCCAAUCAGAAGCAGUUAACCGCCCUAGCUGAGCAGAAGGGCAUUAGAGGAUCAUGGGAGGAGCUCUGCAACCAUGCAGAGAUGGAGAAGGAGGUUCUACGUAUCAUCACAGACGCGGCUGUAACAGGUAAACUGGAACGCUUUGAGAUCCCAAAGAAAAUCCGUCUGAGCGCCGAGCCCUGGACGCCCGAGACGGGCCUGGUAACUGACGCCUUCAAACUCAAACGCAAGGAACUAAAAACGCACUAUCAGGACGAUAUCGAGAGGAUGUACGGCGGCAAGUGAAUGAAGCCAGGCGGUGGGAUGUGAUUGGGAGGGAGGGAGGGGGUUUAGGACACACCAUAUACCACAAUGCCUAUAUACAAAAAAAAACAACCCACAAUCCUCUGCCUUCCUGCUCCCUGUGAUGCUCUGCGAUCAAAACAGGGACACACUUGAAUUUGCGUCCAGUGAUAGUAUGACGAGAGGGAACGGAGCGAUGGAUAGCGACUAAACAAUGCACUUUUCUCAGAUGAUAUACGAAAAGCAACUUCUGAAAGGCGCACGACACAACUACAAACUGUGAGACUUUUGGACCCCACCCAGUCCUUUUGCUUAUCUCUCAUUGGCUCUUUUUGAUAGACACGCCCCCCCAUCCCGCCCCUCACAUUGUUCUGCAGGCAGAUGCGCUUGAUGAUUCCACCCUACUGCGAAGCGGUCACACUGAAUUCUCAUCAAGAGUCUAUGCAGGGAAACGUUUUGUAACUUGGCUGUAUUUUUUUUUUUGUUGCUUAUUAUUGUUUUUCAAACACUUGUUUUGGUCUGAAACGGCUGCGAGAUUUGGAUAUGUAUGGAAUGCUUCUCUAACUGUAUCUGUUACGAUGUUGCUUUUUCUGGAACUUUGGCGUUUGUACUUGACGUUUUGUUACUUUGAACUGCGGCUUCUGUCGUUUACCUGUAUCCAAAGGCUGUUACUGUUGCCCUGUGCGAAAUGAACGAUGGGUUUCCGGUGCUAGUGCACACUGAAGACUGUGUACCUAGAAAGAAACCAGAGAUACCGUCAUUACAAUCCAGACCAAAAGAGACCAGUAUUAAACCAGAUAUCUGUUCUAAUGUAACAAAAGCAGUUGUAGUUCUCCAGCAAAGCUGUUACAGAGAGCAGUCUUAAGCCAGAGACGUGCUCUGAUACUACAAAAGGCUUUUGCUGAUGCAGCAGAGAGGGCAACUUUUCAAAUUUUGCCAGCGAGUUGGCAUCUGAAAGAUUCUCCCACGUUCCAUUACUCACGUCUACAGGGUUUACCUAAGAAUCACAUGGGAUGUAUGACUCCAUAUUUAUUUCCUUUUUUUUUUUUUUUUUGUCUGAAUUUGUAAAGCCUUUAAACUCAUUCCUUUCUAAAAUAUGUCAUGUGAUCAUAUGUCAGCCGUUGUGUUGCAUGGAUGUUUUGCAAGGGAACCAAGUGUUGGCGUGGAGUAGCCCGGGUACCUUUUUGUUUCUUAAAUGGCCAUUUUUUUAUUAUAUCGUGAUAUUGUCAUUGUAGGAAAUGAUUAGUGAGUUCAACAAAGAGGAAGAGUGUGAUUCUGAAUGUGCAAUAGACAAAACGAUAUGCACAGUCCGGCCCCAAGAGCAUGAAUGUCUCCAGCCUCUUCGAUGUAACGGAAGAGACGCAUUUACUGUGCUUCUGACUGUGCAGAUCACUUACAUCAUUCGACAGUUAAUGCAUUGCGAUUCGCGAUUUGACUUUGCAUGAUUCAGGAGAUGUAAACCAAACAAAUACCAACAUAUUGUAUUGCAGGCUUUGAUAAAUGUGGCAUUUGCGAAAACGAGGGCAAAUGUUUCUUAAUCUGUAUGCUUAUUGAUUAUUUGUGGAAAAUGUUGAGUUUCGGGCUCUUAACAUUUUCAAGAUGAAAAGUUCAGAACGUUUUUUUUAUAUAUUUUCUUGAUUCCUUAAGAUGGUUUUGAUAAACUUUUGGUUGCAGAAACACUCCAGCUUUGCCGUCACAACACGAUGCUCUUUACUGAAAGUACUUUUGUCUUUGUUUUAUUAUAAUUUGUUUGUCCUAAAAGGAACUGAAGGCAAAAUAGUGUUCCUAAACUAGACGUGUCUGCCUUUCCUGUGCUCGAUGGAAGAUGUUGAUUGCCUUUUUUACACAGUGGAAAUUAAAAGUGGUUUAUAGGAAUUUA